CAAGAUUUGAGAAUAUAUAUUUUUGUUGUAAAAUAUAUAUGUUAUAUUUUAAUUGUUGUUUUGUAGUGACAUAGUGUGUGAUUUGAGAGAGUUUACGCGCGCCGGGAUUACAGAUCCGGCAUUGCGUUACAUGUACGUCUCAGGACGUGGCGGCACUUUACCUGGUGGUGGGCCAUCAUUAGGGUUACCAACAGGAUGGGGUGGUGUUGUACGUCCACCCCCAACGGGUGUGGGGGUUGGAGCUGUUACAGCAACAGUGACCGCACCCGCCGAUUUGUUGGCAACAAUCAGUAUGUUCGAACAACAUGUUAAAGCCGAGCCAAUGGGAUUUUAUGCAUCGACAGCAUUGAAUCGUGAUACGUCUACAAAUAAUCAUAACGGUGUUAAUUCUACGGAUAAUAAAGAACAACAACAGCAGUUAAUCGCAAGUAACGUUGUAUGUCCAUCAAUUGUGCCUCCAACUACAAAGUCGAGUGGAGGUAGUAAUCGCAGUGGUCAUAGUCGAAGUAAACCGCAAGCGUGUAAAGUGUGUGGUAAAGUUUUAUCAUCAGCGAGCAGUUAUUAUGUACAUAUGAAGCUACAUUCAGGCAAUAAACCUUUCACAUGCACAUGCUGUGAAGCGGCAUUUUGCCGUAAACCUUAUUUGGAAGUUCAUAUGCGCACGCAUACAGGUGAACGUCCUUUUCAAUGUGAAUUAUGUUUAAAACGUUUCACCCAGAAAUCAUCGUUAAACACACAUAAACGUGUACAUACCGGUGAACGACCGUACGCAUGUGAUAUAUGUGAAAAACGUUUUGCUGUAAAAAGUUAUGUAACGGCACAUCGUUGGUCUCAUGUAGCGGAUAAACCGCUAACAUGUGAUCGAUGUUCAUUAACAUUCACAUCAAAAAGUCAAUUUGCUAUACAUAUACGAACACAUUCAGCCGCCCAAAGUUACGAAUGUAACAUAUGUGGACGAACAUUUGUACGUGAUUCAUAUUUAAUACGACAUCAUAAUCGUGUACAUCGUGAGAAUCCAAAUAAUACAAGUCAGGUAGCUGCCACGCAAACUCAAACGCAAAAGCACCAAGCACAACAAACAACAACAAACGAUACCAACAAUACCAACAAUAACCGAACAACAAAUAGUAUCGCCAUUAGUACAUUCAAUCAUAAUGCAUCAGCAAUCAGCAAUGCAGUCAUUGCAGCAGCAACAGCAGCAACAACAGCAGGCGCAACAACAGCAACAGCAACACUCCAACAACUCCACAACCUCCACCUCCACAAACACCAACAAUCGCUCAGGUAUGUAACAACAAGUACACAAAUGUCACCAACAAUGCAAGAUAUUAAAUCACCAUCAUCACCAACAACAAUCAACGGUACUGUCAACGGUCGAUCAGGCAGUGCUGAAGGAGGCUCAGUCUCUUAAAUAUUAAAAUUUAUUCAGUAUUUUUUAAUUAAAAAUGUAUUUCAGAUUUUUUAUUUCUAUGUUUACGACGUGUUAUAUUCGUUUUAAAAUUAAUCAAUUUUGACGAAAACGUGUUUUCCUCGAAAUUCAUAUUAUUUUAGAAAGUUAUUUAAAAGAAAAUUAGAAAAAAUAUUUGAAAUAGGUGUACGGUUUUUCGUUACGAUUAAACCCAUUCCCACAAAAAUUGUGAUACGGAAUUGUCACAUUAUCUUGUCAGAUAUAAUCUGAUUACAAUCGUAGGCGUUCCGAAGAUCUUGUAUCGCUUCAAAGACCCUCUUCAAAGCUUCAAAGAAAAUUAUUGUGGCUAUUAUAGGAUACUGGCUAGGCGGCAGGUACGCUAAAUAUCUGGACCUGACAGUGUAUCACGACUACUGCAGGAUCUGUCGCAGUGAAGAAGAAGGAGAAAGGAUGUCUCAUCUUCUCUGACAAUGUCCAGGACGGCCUCUCCGGCCUUAAGUCCGUUGACGUCAAAGCACUCCUACUGUUCUUAAACAGCUCUACCUGUUCAUGCAGUAGUAGUCGGGGAUGUGCCAAUCCUUUUUCGGUACCACAACGAACACUUUGGUCUAAAUGUGUCUUACCCCAGGACAGCCCCUCAAAACUUGAUUACCGAAAUUUCGC